AUGAGACGGCUCAAAAUCGGAAUCCGGCCCCAACUCAUCCUUUUGGUGGCGUUUUCCUCGCUAUUCUCGCUUUUGAUUUUGGCCAUCGUCACCGGAGUCUACUUUAGUGAUAACCUUAGUAAUUUGCGAGCAGAACGACUAGAGGUCAUCUCGCAACUCAAGGCCACCCAGGUCACCCAGGCGGUGCAGUACAUGUUCUAUCAGGUUUAUUGGCUCUCACAAAAGAACACUGUGUCCGAUCCACUUUCUUCAUACCGAGCUGGAAACAACACCGAAGGAGUGUUUGUUGAGUCUCAAGUCACAAUCGAUCAGUUCCUCGCCACGUCGGAAUUGUUUGUGGGUGCCCGACUAUACAAUCUAGACCUAGACAUCGUUGCCCAAGGCACUAAUGACCUCACGAUAAUUUCCGAGCCCACCAGGGACUACCUAUAUCCCCUUCUGAAAAACGCCACCAUUCCUCCUGUGCUCCUCUCGAGUCAGCAAUACGACGAGUCGAGUGAUUCCGACUUCCCGGCUUACGUUUCCGGACCCAUGAGUAACAACUCGUGGGACUACUCUGCAUACUUCAUCGGCAUAACCCUUCCUGUUACGUCUAAUUCCUCCAUCGUUUUCGACAAACCGUCGGUAUCAGGAUACUUGACGGUGCUAGCAAAUGCUCAAAACAUAUACGUGGCCAUCAACGAUACUCAGAGCUUUGGGUCCGAGAAAAACACAAAGAACGAAUACUCCAUUCUUGCGGUCCAGCCCAUUUACAGCGAUAACAACGGCAACACCAGCCAGAUUGUGGGAUUUGAGAGCUUAUUUCCGGCAGACAACGCCGAUCUCAUCCCCAAUUACGUCUACAAUAUCAACAGCUCGUCCUCGGUGAAGAAGGCUUUUGGCCUGAAAUACGGCUCCAGCUCCAGAGUCAAGUCGUCUUCUGGAAGCGAUGUGGCCAUUGGCUUCACCAGACUCACCUUGAACAGCCGAAGUUUCUGGACAAUUAUCGUCGAGCAAUCACGAAAAAACUUUUAUGCCCCAGUAGCAAACUUUCGUGAUAUCAUUAUUGGAGUUGUCAUUGGAAUCGGUGCCUUUAUGUGCCUAGUAACCUUCCCAUUGGCAGUCAUGUUCGUUAGGCCAAUAACCAUUUUGAAAGAAGCUACCGAGGCCAUCACCACCUCCAAAAAGAAGCGACACGACAAGCACAACUCCACCAUUUUAACAGCAUCGCCUACGGGCGCAAACGACGAUCGUCGUGGAAGCGCCCUCUCCGAGGCAUCCACUUCGUAUUCGACGGGAAUUAGACUUCCAGAAAAAAUCCUUCACACGAAAAAGUUCUUCAAGGACGAGUUGACAGAGUUGUCAGAUGCCUUCAAUAUCAUGACAGCGGAACUCGACCGACAAUACGCAACGUUAGAGGACCGUGUUCGAAGUAGAACCAAAGAAUUGGAAGCGCUGAAAAUACAAGCAGAAUCUGCGAACGAAGCAAAGACGGUUUUCAUUGCAAAUAUUUCACACGAAUUGAGGACACCUUUGAAUGGUAUUUUGGGCAUGACGUCUAUUGCUAUGGAAGAACAAGAUCCAUCUCGAAUUAAGGAGUCUUUGCAACUCAUCCAUAGAUCGGGAGAGCUUUUGCUUCACAUUUUGACCGAACUUUUGACCUAUUCCAAAAAUACCCUCAAUCGCUCCAAACUCGAAAAAUCAGAGUUCCAGAUCUUGGAGGUGGUGUAUCAAGUGCAAUCGAUCUUUAGCAAGUUGGCCAACGACCAGCGAGUAAACUUGAUGCUCUGGUUGAAACCAAGCAUUAUCAGAAAGUUGGUUCUUGUGGGAGACUCCAAUCGUAUCAUUCAAAUCGUGAUGAAUUUAGUUUCAAACAGUUUGAAAUUCACACCUGUGGGUUCGGCCGUGGAUGUUCAAUUCAAGCUUUUGGGUGAGUACGAUGAAAGAAGAUCAAAAGCGUGCAAGAAUACUCAAGUAUUUGUGAAGCGAUUCCCACACUCAGUGUCCAUGGGCAAAUUUGAUCCAGAAGAAACGCCCACUGCCACACCUACCGACCAGGAAGCGGAGAGUACCAUCGCAAAUGGUGAUACAAACCCCAAAUCUUCCAAAUCUUCUCCCGAGGAUAUCAGUGAUAACACAAGUAUUUUCACUCUUUCCACGGCAGAGUACGAUAAAGCCAUUUUUGAGUCUCAGUUCGAAACUGUGAAACCCCUACCUUCACUUCCAGAUCAUGCCUCAGACAAACCUAGAUCGAUAGCUGAAGAAUCAAUGGUAGAAUUUCUGAGAGGAGACAAACGAUUUCGUAUGCGGAAGUUACGUCGGCCAAAAAAUUGGGUUCUUCAAAUCGUUGUUACCGACACAGGACCAGGUAUCGAGCCUGCUUUACAAGAAAAAGUGUUUGAGCCAUUCGUACAAGGAGACCAGACCUUAUCGCGAAGUUAUGGUGGUACUGGUCUUGGACUUUCCAUUUGUAGGCAAUUGGCAAAAAUGAUGAAUGGAACAUUGACAUUGGACUCCACCUUGGGUGUGGGGUCUACAUUUAUCUUGACUAUACCAUUGCCUCAGACGCGAGAAAUUAUCGUGGACGAUGAGGAUAUGGAGGAGUUUUGUAACGAUGACUUCAAUCCAAAACGCACCGAAAAUCACAAGGAUAAAUUUGUUGCGGAGGAAGAUACACCCAGUUCAAAGAAAGACACUCUGAGUACCGAUUCGAGCGACAGCAGCAAGGUGCUGCGUUUGGAGGUUCCUCGUGCCAUCAAGCCACAUUUAAUAACUCGAGGUUCAACUGGCACCGCCAAUUCCGGCGAAAAUGGAGAAAUCUUGACAGACUUGUCACAUCUCAAAAUCUUGGUAGCGGAAGACAAUAUGGUCAAUCAAGAAGUCAUCAAGAGAAUGCUCAAGCUCGAAGGGUUCCCCAACAUCACCAUGGCGUGCAACGGAGCCGAAGCGGUGGAAAUGGUGAAGCAUCUGGUGGAAAGUGGAGAAGACUUUGAUAUCAUAUUCAUGGAUGUUCAGAUGCCUCAAAUUGAUGGACUUUUGGCCACAAAAAUGAUAAGAAGCAACUUGAAAUGGGAACGGCCGAUCAUUGCUCUUACUGCGUUUGCCGACGAGAGUAAUGUAAAAGAGUGUUUGAAUGCGGGCAUGUCUGGCUUCUUGGCCAAACCGAUCAAGAGAAGCAAUUUGAAGAAAAUCAUUCGUGAGUUCAGUCCUCGGCUUCUAAGUGAAACCGUACUUACUCCACCGACGCAUCCAAGUGAGGACAAGCGCUUGGGCUACUAA